CCCAUCCAUAUCGGAAAGUGUCAGAGCCAAAAAAAAUUAAUAUGCCGCAUGCAGCGGCAGCAGCGACAGACUUCAGUGCCCUGACUGCCAGAUGAAUAAAGCAACAUGCUUCAUGCUUUUUAUGAGAAUGAAACUGCAAGUUACAUAGCUGGGGCUUAUUGGGUUGACUGUGUGUUGGUUCAGAGGAUUUAAAAUGGGCCUGUAACGAUGCCGGGGAUACCAUGAGCAGUGUCACACUACGCUAUUUCUGCUAUGGGUGCCUCUUCACAUCAGUGAGCUGGACACUAUUCCUGUUCAUCUACUUCAACUUGAACAAUGAAGGCUACACCUUUGGCACUGUGCCCUUCGAGGGGAGCCAGCAGGCACAGUGGAGAUUCCGGCCACAAGUUACCAAAGGCCCCACACAACUGCUUGAAUCUCAGCACCGUGGCAAUGUAGACAACCAGUUUAUGAAACAAAUGAUGAGCAAUUCUGAGAAAAAGUUGUCACCGUUUUCAGAACUAGGUAUGAUUUUCAAUGAAGUAGAUCAACAAAUUCGGGAUGCUGGAUACCAGAAACAUGCUUUCAAUAUACUCGUCAGUAAUCGUUUGGGUUACAGUAGAGAUGUUCCUGAUACCAGAAACCAAAAGUGUAAAGAAAAGAACUACCCAAUGAAUUUACCUUCUGCUAGUGUUGUUAUCUGCUUUUUUAAUGAAGCUAUAUCAGCUCUGCUGCGGACAGUACAUAGUGUGUUGAAUCGUUCUCCAGCAAACCUGCUGCAUGAAAUUAUACUUGUGGAUGACAAUAGUGAUUUGAUUAAUCUAAAAGGUGAGCUGGAAGAUUAUAUAUGGAAUAACUUGCCUAAAAAAGUGAAACUUGUUAGAAACGGUGAGCGAGAGGGAUUGAUACGAGGUAGAAUGAUUGGAGCAUCCCAUGCAACAGGAGAUGUACUAGUGUUUCUUGACAGUCACUGUGAGGUGAAUGAGAUGUGGUUACAACCGCUUCUGGCUCCAAUUAAGCAGGAUCGCAAGACAGUGGUGUGUCCAGUGAUUGACAUCAUCAAUGCUGACACACUAAUCUACAGUUCUUCCCCAAUUGUGAGGGGUGGAUUUAACUGGGGUCUACAUUUCAAGUGGGAUCCAGUGCCUGCGUCAAUGCUGAAUGGACCAGAGGGACCGACUGCAGCAAUCAAGUCACCUACAAUGGCAGGGGGUCUAUUUGCAAUGAACAGGAAUUACUUUAUCGAACUUGGGCAGUACGACAGUGGUAUGGAUAUUUGGGGAGGAGAAAAUCUGGAAAUCUCUUUUCGGAUUUGGAUGUGUGGUGGCCAUCUGGAAAUAAUUCCAUGCUCUCGGGUUGGGCAUAUUUUCCGUAAACGCCGACCAUAUGGUUCACCUAGAGGACUGGAUACAAUGGCACACAAUUCUCUUCGACUGGCACAUGUCUGGAUGGAUGAGUAUAAAGAACAACAUUUUGCCCUGAGACCUGAGCUGAGAAUCCAAAAUUAUGGUGAUAUCAGUGAACGAGUUGAGUUGAGAAAAAGGCUCAAUUGUAAAUCAUUUAAAUGGUAUCUGGACAAUGUGUACCCUGAGAUGCAAAUUAUUGGACCAGAUGGAAAAACCAGGGUGCAACAACCAUUGUUAAUUAACAAAGCUGUGAGACGGCCAAAGGUUCUCCAACGUGGAAGGAUACGACACCUGCAGACAGCCAAGUGUAUCAGUGCCCAGAACCAUCCCAGCCAGAAAGCAGGAAUAGUGGUGCUCAAGGAAUGUGACUUAACAGAUCCAGAUCAGAUUUGGGUUUAUGAUGAAGAACAUGAACUGAUUCUGGCCAAUCUUCUCUGCUUGGACGUGACAGAGACUCGUUCGUCAGAUCCUCCACGUCUCAUGAAGUGUCACGGGUCUGGGGGAUCCCAACAGUGGACUUUAGGGAAAAAUAACCGCAUAUAUCAAGUGUCAGCUGGACAGUGUCUUCAAGUGGUAGAUCCUGGUGACAUCAAGGGAUAUAUCAUGAUGGCAAUUUGUGAUGGCUCUGCAGGACAGCAGUGGCAGAUAGAGAGUUGAUAUUUGGAGGGAACCUUCGGAAAUGUUUAUGAAGAUUGACUUGAGAAUUAUAUCUUCCACUGAAAACGCUACUCAGGAGCAGGGAAAGCUAACAGUUCCACUCUUUAACAGAAAAGCAGGAAUCUGGUGGCAGGUCCUUACCUCAGUGUCUCAACUUGCUGAUUAUAAUAAUUUACAAUAGUAAUUUUAUCAUAAAAUAUUUUUCUAUAUUAGCUUCAGAUUUGUUCUAUGAUUCUCUGACAUCACAAGGAGUUUAGAAUUGUAUAAAAAUCAAUAUUUUAUUAUUAUUUAUGAUUUUACUUGUUCCUUCCAAUGAUUGUUCUACACUUGACAUGCAUUGAGAUGAAUGCAACAUUGUCAAGUAUUGCCAAUUUAAAAAAAAUUAUGAAAUAUUUACAGUAGAUAAUGUGAAUCAUGUUUAUUGAAGCUGUAAUCAUCUACCAUGGUUAUGUCAAUGUUGUCUGUCAUGAAACACAUUUUAAAAAGAUCAUAUGAAACCUUUUACCUGUAAACAUAUGUUGAAAGUUCUAAGGUGAUACCUGUGUAAAUGUAAAACUAUUUGUGUAUAUAGUCUAAUAACAUAUGUGAGCAAAAAUUUU